CCGUUUCAACGCACGUACAUUCCCGUUUCUGUUCUUUCUUUUUCUUUCUUUCCUCCUGCUAGUACACAUACAUUCAUACCUACAGAUGGACCAGCGCCAUCCAUGCAUCCGAAUCCAUAUCGUCCAUCUACCUAAACCCACCCAUUCUGACAUCUUCCGCUUUCUCCCGUCGAUGCUGGAAUGCCCAGCGAACCAGAUCUCCCUAUCCAACCAACCAUGUAGACCAACACCAACACCAUCAGUAAAAUGGAGAGAAAAAAAGAAAAGCAAAAAAGUCCCUGCAUGGAUGAUCCUACAAGAUCCAUCGUGCGCCGCUUACGUAUCACCUCGGCCCGUCUCGUCGAUAUUACCUAUGCCAUGUCAACACCCACUGAAACAUCCAUCCCUCACGAGAUCUAUACAAAGAAUCUCCCCAGGAGGGGAAGAAAAACAAGGCUGAGGAUGUGGCGAUGACUCGUGCCGUGUUUCAGGUGCUGCGUAAGGAGACUGCAUCUUAGACUCCCGUUCGACGGUCUAUCCUCGGACGCUG